AAUACACUGAUAACAUUGUGACAAGUCAAAAUGCUCACGUGAUCAAGUCACACAAAGAUUCACUCUGGUCCUUGGUCGCAAAGUUAUCAUCCACCUUUGGUGAACCAAAUUCUGCAACACACUAUUUGUUCGGAAAUGCAUCAGAAAUUAGUGAAAAUGGCAUUAAGAAUAUUCUUUCUUUCUAUGAGUCUGAAAAAUUGCAUUUUCAACAAAUACUUACACAGAAUGUGUAUAAAACCGAGCCCCAAGUAGCUACUGGACGUCGCGCACGAAAUGUAGUUAAUUACACUCACACUCAACUUGAGAAUAUGAAGAAAUACAAACCAAUCCAAGCGUUAACUGUUCAACAGAACACUUCAGCAUCUGAAACUAGCCAUCUAAAACAGACAUGUCACAUUACUACAGAUGCAGAGAAAACGAUACUUAUCCAAUUGUUCAGAUUUAAAGAUUUACCCCCCGAAGACGCAAUCUCGGAAGUGUUGUUGCAACUCCAAACUGUCUUUUCAAGCUGGAUGGCUGAAAGAAUCAAAUAG